AUAGAGCGGCAAACUUGUAUUGGCUCGAUACAAACUUGACUUCAACUUUAAACAAGGGAAGCGCAGUGUUAUUUGGGGGAAAUAUGAUUACCCUACAAUUUUGUUUUACAAUGGAUAUUUGGGAAUAAAGUUAACGAUGGGAUUUUUAGGGGAAGCAGAUUGUCGGUGGAGCUCGACACAGGAUUGCUUCUCCAUAUAAAGAGAUACCAGAUUAGUUCAACAGAUAGUUUUGGAAAACGGUACAAAGAUGUAUACAUGGUUUAAACUUUAAAAGGUGAAACCAUGGACCAUUUUGUGGAUGAGUUGUAUGAUAUGCAACAUGACAAAAUUGCACUUCGAAAAGAAGUAUAUAGUCUACAAUUGGUUAAUGAAAAUUUAUUUUUUGAAAACGAAAAUCUCAAAGAACAACUUAAUCUUAUGCAACAUGAAAACAGUACAUUAAGCAGUGAUGACUACAGCUAUGCACAAGAAUAUGACGAAGACGAUUUAGACGAACACAAUCACAUGCAGUAUGAAAACAGAUUACUUUGCCAUCAAAUUGAUGUCUUACAACGGGAGAAACAGGAUAUAUUGCUUAAAAAUCAGGAAUUGGUGUCAGCUAAUAAGCGGAGUAACAGCAAUUUGAAACGUUUACUGGAUGAGGAAAGAAAUAAGAACAAACUUCUAGAAAAAGAAAAAUCUAAUCUUACAACUGUCCAACGACAUGAUACUUGCGAACGUGAAGCCAGCGUUCAUAUUAAAAAAGCUUCCAUUGCAGAACGAUUUACUCAAAGUGUACAAGAAGAGAACAGUAAUUUAAAGCAAAAAUUAGCCGAAGUUCGCCGACAACUGUUUGAUCUUCAAAAAAAAUAUGACCGACUGGAUAAAAAGAAGACUUUUAUAAAAAACGACAAUGUAACAAGUCCUAAGAAAGUCAACGACAAUGCCUCAGCAAAAUUGACAGGACGUAGCAGGUCCACUUUGUCAAAACGAUCGUUAACAACAACAAUUGAAAGCGAUAGUGGUUGUGAAUGUGAUGAAUGUAAAUACUUACAUAGACAAAAUGAAGAGUUAAAAAAUAAAAAUGCGUCUCUACAGCGAGAGAUGGACACGGUCCGUGCAGAAUGGAACGGAUUUGAAAGGAAAAAACAAGUACAAAGAAAACUUUACGAAGAUUCCAUUUUAAAACUUAAAAGACAGAACGAAGUUGUUCGAUCCAAGUAUGAGCGAUACGUUAGUUUAACACAGGAGGAACUUAGCUCAUUACGUGAGACAAUUAGAAAACAUGACGAACAUGUGAAAUUGUUAGAAAAUGAAAACGACAAACUGGAGCAAGAUAGCAAAACCGAUAUUUCAGAAUUGACGAGACAUUUCAAGAAGGAAAAAGAGCAUCAUUAUCUUGAAAUACAGAGGCAUAAAAAGGCUUUGGAAAAUGCUCAACAAGCACGGUAUGAUUCCCAGCUAAAUAUGGAGAAACUAGAACUGCGAAUCAAACAAACCAACGGUGAACUUCAAAGGGCCAACGAAACGAUUGAACGCGAAAGAUCUAGAAACUCCAUGUUUUCUAAGGAAAAAGCCCAAAACAACUACAAUGCUGUACAACUGGUAAUGUUAGACAAAGAACUGAAAAACGAAAAAUCUAGAAACGCAGUGCUGUCUAAAGAAAUAACACAAUACAACGAAUCUUCUGAAGUUCAUCGGAGAUUGGCUGAAGAACUGGAUACCGAACGAUCAGCAAACUCAUUAUUAUUAAAAGAAAGAAACCAUUACAAAGGGCAAGUUGAGCAGAUGAAAGCAUUGCAGUUAGAUCUGGGACAUUGCAGAGCUCUCCUCAAACAAGAACACAACAACUCGGAAGAAUUACGAAAUACAACUGAAAAAAAUCAGCGGUUGGAAGGACAACUUUCUGAUCUCAAAACGUCUGGACAAGCUUUGGUUGAGAAAAAUGAUUGUCUUAACAAUGAAGUCAAACAGUUAUCAAAUGUUCUCGAAGGUAAAGAUAGUGAAUUAACUAAGCUAAAAAUUGAACUUUUGUUGAAAGAUCAAGCGAUAAAAGAAAAAGUGAAUGAAAGUGUCGUGUUAAAAGAGAAACAUGAAAAGAAUCAAGGACUGGUAUCUGAUCUACUAAAAGAAAACAACCAAUUAAAAAGUAACUUGAAAGACACAACCCCUGAUUCAGCUAACUUGGCCGUUAAUAAUUCAAACCUACAACGCGAACUUGAGAAAUAUCAACGGAAACUUAUGAAGGCUAGUUCGGAAUUAGAAAACGCGGCUGAAAACCAGAAACUGAUGGAACGAAUGUGUUCUGAUCUUAAAACGUCUGAACAAGCGUUAAGUGAGACUGUUAAUUCACUUAACAAAGAAAUGAGAGAGUUAACAAUGAGAAAGGAUAGCGAAAUAAACAACCUAAAUUAUGAAUGUCAACGGAAAGGUAAAGAGAUUGAAAAUAUAAUGACUGAACUCUCUUUGAUAAAAGAACAAAAUAAAACAAAUGAACAACUGGUCACUGAUUUACAAAUUGAACUCGGCCAAUAUACAAGUAACUUGAAAGAAAAAGACUCUGACGCCGCAAAUAUGAGCAAUACUAUUUCAAUACUUAGACGUGAAGUGGAGACAUAUCAGAUCGACCUAAAUCAGGCACGCGACGAACUCAGACAUGUGACUGAGAAUACUGAUGAAAAGUCUGAACAAGCCUUUAUUGAUGAAAGAGAUUCCUUAAACGAUAAAGUCAGAGAGUUAACAUAUAUGCUCAAAAGAAAAGACAGCGAUGUACGGAAGAUGGAAACGAAAAUUGCUGAAUUUACCUCAAAAGAAGAGAAAAAUAUCAAACUUGAACGACAGGUCACAGAUCUACAAAUUGAAGUCAACCAAACUAAAAGUGACUUGAACGAAAAAAAUCUCGCCUCCACUAAAUUGACUAAUACUAUUUCAAACUUAAGACGUGAAGUGGAGACGUAUCAGAGCGAGCUCAAUCAAGUACGGGAUGAACUGGGAAAUGCGACUGAGAACAAUCAACAGAUGAAUCAACAGUUCUCCGAUAUAGAAAAGAGUAAUCAAGCGUUCAUUAAUGAAACACGUUCUUUAAAGGAUAAAGUCCGAGAGUUAACCAAUUUUCUCAAAAGAAAAGACAGCGAUGUACGGGAUAUGGAAACGAAAAUGGCUGAAUGUUUCUCAAUAGAAGAGAAAAAUAGUAAACUUGAACGACAGGUCACAGCUUUACAAGUUGAAGUCAGCCAAUAUAAAAUUGAAUUGAACGCCAACAGUUCUGCCUCCACUAAAUUGACUAAUACUAUUACAAACUUAAGACGUGAAGUGGAGACGUAUCGGAGCGAGCUCAGUCAGGCACGGGAUGAACUGAGAAGUACGACUGAGAACUCUCAACAGAUGGAACGACAGAUUUCCGUUCUAAAAAAGUCUGAAAAAGCGUAUAUUGAAGAAAGAGGUUCUUUAAACGAUAAUGUCAGAGAGUUUACAAAUAUUCUCAAAGAAAAAGACAAUAAUAUACAGAAGAUAGAAACAAAGUUGGCUGAAUUGUCCUUGAUGAAAGAGGAACAUGUAAAAGCUGAACGACAAAUCACAGACUUAAAAAUUAAAAUACAGAAAUAUAAAAGUGAAUUGAAAGACAAAGGUGGCAAUUUGACGAAACUGACAAAUACAAUCUCAAACUUAAGUCAUGAAUCGGAGAGAUGUAAGAGUGAACUCAAAGAGGCCCAUGAAAAAAUAAGAAAGUUUGAUCUACGAUUAAAAACUGUUAGUGACGAGCAUGAAAGUUGCAAACAUCUCAUUUCUUCUCUACGUAAAGAGAAUCAAAAACUGUCUGUGCACAAAGUUGAUCAGCCAAGACGUUCAGAAGCAACGCUUAGUCAAAGAGAACACGAACUUAGUCUUGCUUUGGAAAAAUCACGGCAUGAGCUACGUGAAGUUCAGCAUGAACUAGAUGAUACAAAAACAAGGCUGAGUAAAGUUAUGGGACAGAAACUGACUGACAACAAUCCAAAUAUUGCCGACCUGAGCGAUAAAAAUCGACCAACAAAGCUUGCUGAGCGUUACUCCGAAUUGUAUGACAACCAAUGGACAGAUGCAUUUGAGGUCAUUUGCAAGCAGUUAGACGACGAGCAAUCUACAAUCAAAUCACUGGUUGGCAUAUUGAUGAAUGCUGCCAAAUAUUGUCGCGAAGAAGCCAGGACACAGUUGGAAGAAAUACAAGGAAUACUGCUACCCCGAAAGACUGGACCCACCUUUCCGUCACUUGUUCACAAGAAUUUGAAGGAUUGUCGAAAAGCACUUGGAGAACAAACAGGAGCCGCCAUUUACGAGAAAUACUUACAAGACAUUGCAAAACAGCGUCAGCAGUCUUUGCAACUAGACGUAAAACCAUACGUCAAGGAGUGCGUUGAACUGUGUUGGCUAAUGAGCAUACAAGACCCACCCGUUGUCGUUGCCCUAGAGUUACAACACGGUGCAAAUUUCGACACGGACUUCUACAAGGCGUACACCAAGAGUGGUCCCCUGAUUGACUACGUCGUCUGGCCCGCCCUUUGCCUCCACGAGAAAGGUCCACUGCUUUGCAAAGGCAUUGCACAGGGAUAUGGCGGGAAGAAAACAAAAUACUAUGAAAAAGAAACGAACAUCAGGUACCAUAAGGGCGCUGAACGAACACAUGUUCUAAAACAGACACCUAUGAAACCCGUUGAUAUGUCGAAUAGAUGGAUGAACUCAAAUCAACUUAACAAAGACGAAAUCAUCAACCCUUUUCAGGAUGAGGUGUAUAAAUUGGUACAAAAUAAUCAUUCGAUCCAAAGAAAUAACGAGUAUCUAGAAACACAACAUGAACAAGAUUUAUAUCAUGCUGAAUCUUUGAAAGAUCAACUUCAUCAGCUGCAGUAUGAUAACAGUCUUCUUUACGACGUGAUCGAACGGCAAAAACGUGAUUUUUUGUCUGACAAUGAUAAACUGAUUCAAGAAAAUAAAACAUUAAUUUUCGAACGAGAUGAUCUACGCAAGCAACGUGACGAAUUAACAAAGAAAUUAAAUGGUGAUGAACAAACGAAGAAUAACUAUCUAAACACGAAAAAAACAUGUGUCGUUGGGCAUACAAAUUGUGAACGACAGGUCACAUUUUAUAAAAAUAAAGCCACUAUUGUUGAUAAACAAUGUCGACAUUUGCUAGAAGAGAAUAGUCAAUUAAAGAAUCAAACGGUCGAACUACGUAAAGAAAAAAAUGCAAUACAAACACGCUAUGAGAAAAAGUUCAGUAGAGACGUGCCCGUCACAUCUACUAACAGGGGUAAAAAUGGCUCCACACACUCUCCAAAACUGACAGGUAAGGGAAGACCACCAAAGCAAAGUGAAAAAACAACGACAUCUGAAGAUGAUAAUUCAACGAUUGCAUAUCACAAAGAAUGUUGUAAAUGGAAACUGAAGAAUGAACACUUGAAUACAAGAAUAGAGGAAUUAGAAAAUAAACUACUGACAAACAAUCACCAAUUAAGAAGUUUUGAAAACGAAGUACAAAACCUAAAAUAUACAGUUUCGAAUAAUGAGACAGCGAAUUCCAAGCUAAAAAACGAACAGCGGGAACUGCAUGCACUACGUGACACUAUUAGAAAACAACAAACACGUAUCGAAUUGUUAGACGAUGAAAAAGAUAAACUAGAACAGGAAAGGAAAAUGAUUACGAGACAUUCAACUAAGGUAAAUGAAUGUCAGGAAUUAGAAAUUCAAAGACAUAAAAAGGCUUUGAAAACAUUUCAUGAAGCACAUUAUGAUUUUCAGCUGAAAAUUCAAAACUUAGAACAGCGUAUCGAACAAAGCGCAGAUCAACUUCGUGUGGCCGAAGAAAAACUUAACAUCGAAAGAUCAAGAAACAUCAAGUUGUUAAAGAAAAUGGUUCCAUACGAAAGGACAGUCGAGAAACUUCGUGUGAUGACCAAAACAUACGAAAGCGAAAGAUCUAGAAACCACAUGCUAUCUAAUGAAAAAGCUAAAUGCGAAAGGACAGUCGACAAAUUUCGAGAAGUAAACCAAGAACUCGAAAGCCAAAUAUCAAUGUCAGUGAAGAAAGAUAAAUUCGAAGAAAUAGUUGAAAAACUUCGCGUAUUGAAUGGAAAUCUGAAAUACGAAAUGUCACAAAACGACAUGCUUUCCAAGGAAAUAAACAAAUACAAAGAACAGAUUGAACAUAUGGCAGAUUACCAUGCACAUCUUAGACAAGAAGAUAAAAAUUCGAAAUAUUUACAAAUCACGACUGAAAAAAAUCAGCAGUUGGAGCGACAACUCUCUAGUAUUAAACAGUCUGAGCAGGUCUUGGAUGAGAAAAUUGAUUCUCGAAACAAUGAAAUCAGAGAGUUAAGAAAUGAUCUUGAAUGUAAAGACAGAGAUAUAAGUAAACUUCAAAUUGAACUUCAGCGGCAGUAUCAAGAAAUUGACAAAAGAGUGAGUGAACUUGCCGUGAUAAAAGAGACAAAUGUAAAAUAUAAACGACUGGUAUCUUAUCUACAAACAGAAAUCAACCAAUAUAAAAGUAACUUGGUAUGCACAACCCCUGAUUCAUCCAAACGGACAAAUAGUGUUUCAAAGCUAAAAUGCGAAGUGGAAAAUGCAAAAACUGAACUCUCUUUAAUAAAAGAACAAAACAAAACAAAUGAACAAUUGGUCACUGAUUUACAAAUUGAACUUGGCCAAUAUAAAAGAAACUUGAAGGACAAAGACUCUUAUUGUGAAAAAAUGAGCAAUACUAUUACGAACUUAAGACUUGAGAUUGAGACGUAUCAGAGCGAACUUAAUCAAACACGGGACGAACUGAGAAAUGCGACUGAAAUUAGUCUUAAAAAAACUGAAAAAGCGUUUAUUGAUGAAAGAGGUUCUUUAAACGACAGAGUAAGAGAGUUAACAGAUAUGCUCAAAAAAAAAGAAAGCGAUGUACGGAAGAUGGAAACGCAAAUGGCUGAAUGUUCCUCAAAAGAAGAGAAAAAUAAUAAACUAGAACGACAGAUCACAGAUUUGCAAACUGAAAUCAACAGAUAUGAACGUGACUUGAACGACAAAAGUUCUGCUUCCGCUAAAUUGACCAAUACUAUUUCAAACUUAAGACGUGAAGUGGAGACUUAUCAGAGCGAACUCAAUCAGGCACGGGAUGAACUGAGAAAUGCGACUGAGAACAAUCAACAGAUGGAACGACAAAUUUCCGAUCUUAAAAAGAGUGAUCAAGCGUUCAUUAAUGAAAGAGGUUGUUUAAACGAUAAAAUCCAAGAGUUAACCAAUAUUCUCAAAAGGAAAGACAGCGAUGUACGGAAUAUGGAAACGAAAUUGGCUGAAAUUUCCUCAAUAGAAGAGAAAAAUAUCAAACUUGAACGACAGGUCGCAGAUUUACAAAUUGAAGUCAACCAGUAUAGAAGUGACUUGAAUGAAAACAGUUCUGCCUCCGCUAAAUUGACCAAUACUAUUUCAAACUUAAGACGUGUAGCGAAGACGUAUCAGAGCGAACUCAGUCAGGCACGGGAUGAACUGAGAAAUGCGACUGAGAAAAUUCAACUGAUAGAACGACAGUUUUCUGAUACAAAAACGACUGAUCAAACGUUAAUUGAUACAACAGGUUUUUUAAACGAUAAAAUCCUAAAUUUAACAAAUAUUCUUGAAAGAAAAGAAAGCUAUGUACGGAAGAUGGAAACGCAAAUUGCUGAAUUUUCCUCAAUAGAAGAGAAAAAUAAUAAACUAGAACGACAGGUCACAGAUUUGCAAACAGAAGUCAACAGAUAUGAAAGUGACUUGAACGAAAACAGUUCUGCCUCCGCUAAAUUGACCAAUACUAUUACAAACUUAAAACGUGAAGCGAAAACGUAUCAGAGCGAACUCAGUCAGGCACGGGAUGAACUGAGAAAUGCGACUGAGAAAAUUCAACUGAUAGAACGACAAAUUUCCGAUCUAAAAAGGUCUGAACAAGCCUUAAUUGAUGAAAGAGGUUCCUUGAGCGAUAAUAUCAGACAGUUAACAGAUAUUCUCAAAGGAAAAGACAGUGAUAUACAGAAGAAAGAAAAAGAAUUGGCUGAAUAUUCCUUGAUAAAAGAGGAAAAUGCAAAAGCUGAACGACAGAUCACAGAUUUACAAAAUGAAAUAAAGCAGUAUAAAAGUGAAUUGAAAGACAAAAGUGAUAAUUUGACAGAACAGACCAAUACAUUUUCAAACUUAAGUCAUGAAUCGGAGAGAUGUAAGAGUGAACUCAAAGAGGCCCAUGAGAAAAUAAGGAAGUUAAAUCUACAAUUGAAAACUGUAAAUGAUGAGCAUGAAAAGUGCAAUCAUCUCAUUUCUUCUCUACGUAAAGAGAAUGCAAAGCUGUACAAAGACAAUGACCAGACAAGACGUUCAGAAGCAACGCUUAGGCAAAGAGAACACGAACUUAGCCUUGCUUUGGAAAAAUCACGACGCGAGCUCCGUGAAGUUCAGCAUGAACUAGAUGAUACAAAAACAAGGCUGAGUAAGGUUAUGGGACAGAAACUCACUGACAACAAUCCAAAUAUCGCAGACCUGAGCGAUAAAAAUCGACCAACAAAACUUGCUGAGCGUUACUCCGAAUUGUAUGACAACCAAUGGACAGAUGCAUUUGAGGUCAUUUGCAAGCGGCUACACGACGAAAACUCUACAAUCCAAUCACUCGUUGACAUAUUGAUGAAUGCUGCUAAAUAUUGUCGCGAAGAAGCCAUGACACAGUUGGAAACAAUACAAGGAAUUUUGCUUCCCCGGAAGACUGGAUCCACUUUUCCGUCACUUGUUCACAAGAAUUUGAAGGAUUGUCGAAAAGCACUUGGAGAACAAACAGGAGCCGCCAUUUACGAGAAAUACUUACAAGACAUUGCUAAACAGCGUCAGCAGUCUUUGCAACUUGACGUAAAACCAUACGUCAAGGAGUGCGUUGAACUGUGUUGGCUUAUGAGCAUACAAGAUCCACCAGUUGUCGUUGCCCCAGAGUUACAGCACGGUGGAAAUUUCGACACGGACUUCUACAAGGCGUACACCAAGAGUGGUCCUUUCGUUGACUACGUCGUCUGGCCCGCCCUAUGCCUUCACGAGAAAGGUCCGUUGCUUUGCAAAGGCAUUGCACAGGGAUAUGGCGGGAAGAAAACAAAAUACUAGUGAUCUAUGGGUGUGUUUCUUUGACAUAAAUAGUUAUGAUUUUGUUUGGUAUAAACGUGCUUAAAUUUGCAUUAAAGAUGCAUGUGUCAUAAAGAAGACGCAUUUUAUGUUUGAGUGACAUUACUUUUGUAAACAGCAAUGUCAAUUGUAACAUGUAAAUAAGAUAUUCCGUCCUAUGAUUUCCAAUCCACUUCAAAUGCACCUACUAGUUUUACAUUUAAUAUAUUAUUUCACGUUUAUCUGAUGCAUUCUUUAAAAAUCUGAAACAUUUCCGAACAUUUAAGAUUAACCUUUUUUCUCGAAAAGUUCAGGAAUUAAACACGCUUGUUGAUUUAUAGUUUGAAUAAGAGUGAAUAUAACAGUAUUGAUCCCUUUGCAAGAUAUUAAAGCAGGAACUUAAAAUAGUAACUGAAACUGUCAACAGCAUAAUUGUCGAUAUCAAACCAGCGGAAGCAAUGUAAAAUGUGUUAUUAUAGUUACAACUCCGCGUCAUUGUUCAUGCGCUGAAAUACUUUUUUGCGUUCAACAGUCAAACACUUAAACGCUUUUUGGCAAGAGCUCAGUAUAAAUAGUAAGCAUUAUGCUUAAGUUCAUUUGAAAUACACGUUAAGCUGAAUAUUUUGUGUGUUUUGUUGUUGUUGUUGUGUUUUUAAGUUUUUUUAAACGCACUUUUUAACUUACAUUGGCCUACGGUCUACUCGAACGUCUCAUUCUGUGUGUAAAGUCUGACAUAAGGUAUCUUUCAGAAAUAAAUAAUAAACUAGUUUGUUUUGACAUAUUCCAGUCGUUCCAUAUAUGAAGAAACACGUGAUAAUACAUGUUAUUUUUAUUGUAUUGCUUAGUUUGAGCAGAAUUGUUAUUUUUACUGUUAUUUUUUAAUUAUUGAUAUUAUAUAUAGUCAGUGUACCAAACAUACAUAUAUGUUAUUAGAGCGUAUUUCAUACCUAGAAAUGCAUGAAACAAAUAAUCUUGCGAACCUUGAAUCUUGUUCAAAUGUCUGAUAUUACUGCUUAAAACACUAUUACUCAAGUGAUUUCAAGAUAUGUAACGGAAUAGAUUUUAUAAUAUAUUGUAUAUAUUUAGAAAAUUACUAUUUUACACAGAUGCAUAUUUCAUUGAAAUCGAAAAGCAUUAUAUAUAGUGUUGUGAAGGGCAUUGAUUUGCUACUCGUUCACAGAAGGUUGUAUACAAACAAUGUUUAUUUUGUUUUUAUCUUAAUGUGUUUGAAAAAGAACAGACGUUUUAUAUAUAUUUAAAUAAACUCAUCAUAUAGCCUCA